AUGGAGUGUAACAAAGACGAAGCUAAAAGGGCAUUGGACAUUGCAGAGAAGAAGCUUUCACAAAGUGAUUACGAUGGGGCAAAGAGAUUCGUCAAAAAGGCAGAGACUUUGUACCCAAAUCUCGAUGGUUUGAAACAGUUCUUGAUGAUGAUCAACGUUUACAUCGAUGGAGGAAAAGCUGAUUGGUACGGAGUUCUUGGUAUUGAUGAUCCUUUGGCUGAUGAUGAAACAGUCAAGAAACAGUACAAGAAGUUGGCUCUUCUGCUUCAUCCAGACAAGAACAAGUUCAAAGGAGCUGAAGGUGCGUUUAAGCUGGUUUCACAAGCUUGGUGUUUGCUUUCUGAUAAGGUCAAGAGAGACGAUUAUGAUCUAAAGAGGAAGCCCAAAGCAGCAACCACCAAUGGGAUGCCAAAACCACCUAAUGCGAAUGCUCACAAGCCAAAAGAAGCAACCACUAAUGGCAACCAAACUGCAAGAAAUGGUGUGGAUACGAGUGCAAAGGCUAAGAAGCCAAAACCAGUGCCAAAUCCAAAAAAGAGAGCUUCUUCUAGUGCUAAGCCAAAGCCUGCACCUGCACCUACCUUUUGGACAAUGUGCAAUGGAUGCAAGACUAGAGGAGAGUAUGUGAAACAACGUUAUCUUGACAAAGCCAUAAUCUGUCCAAACUGUGGUCAUGUUUUUGUUGCUACAGAGAAUACAUGGAUACCAUCUUCUGCUCAACAACAAAGACAGAGACAAAGUGACCAAAAUAAAGCAAAUGGAGCUGCUUCUUCUUCACCAUUUGUUGGUGGAACAGCGAAAUUUUUUAGGCCACAGGUAAAUUUUGCGAUGCCAGGUUUCAACUACCCACCAUCUCCUCAACAGUGCAGUGCCCAAAACACUAGUGGUGCUAAUGAGAAGAUUCUUAAGAAGCCCAAGACUCAUCACCUGUAA